AUGAAGCCUUCCACUCGAGUCAUCUCCAAUGACUUGGGCUUGAACCACAAGUCCCAAAAAAUCUUUACCAAGGUGCUGGCUCCAUAUAAGCAGCAACUUGAAAAAAGUUAUCUUCAAGAGCUUUUUGAAAACAUGGUUGAUAGAGAAUAUACUUCUAAGGGCCAGGACAUUCAAGCUGGAGCCACCACUCAAAUUGGAGCAACUACUCAAGCUGAAGCCACUGCCAACAAGUGCACUUGCAAAAUUGAGGAAGAUAUUUGGGACCUGGACGAAGCCAAUGCUAUCUUAAACGCCCGUUGCAUUGUAUGUAAGAUUGGCAUCAACGAGAUCAUCAAUUCCUCAGCCAUCAAAAUCGAAAACGAGGCUCAGCCGGCUGAAGACGAUUUCGAAGAAAUCACCCUCGAGGUCAACGUUUCUACUUCCGCAACCAAAAUCGAAAAUGAGAUUCAGUCGGUUGAAGAUGACUUCAAAGAAAUCACACUCGAUAUCACAAACCCUUCCUCUUUCGAGAUCGAAAAUAAAAUUCAGCUGGCUGAAGAUAGGUUUGAAGAAAUCACCUUCGAGGUCAUCAAUCCCUCCAUCAAAAUCGAAAACGAGAUUCAGCCGGUCGAAGACGACUUCGAAGAAAUCACCCUCGAUAUUAACACCCCACCCAGCAUCAAAAUUGAAAGUGAAAUUCAACCGGCCGAAGACGGCUUCGAAGAAAUCAUUCUCGGCGAUUGCCUCACCUGUAAUGGACCUGCUAGGGCCUGCAAUUGCCCUGACGCCAAUCUUCAACUCCCAUUUGAUCACGAGCUCGACGAUAGCGGCUUCGUCGAUGAUUCUCUAACCACAGUGGUUCAGAGGAAGAUCAGAACUCUCGAUUUUGAAGUCGAUGAUAUCUUUGAUCUGAUGAGUGAUGGCUGUACAGAAAUUUUCAGAAGGUUGUCAUAUAAAUACGAGCCCAAUGAAAGGGUAGAUAUCCAAGAGGCUGGAUACACCUUUGUCGAUCAUCACAAGAAAUGA